AUGGGCGAAGAGAGAAAUCACGCGGGCGAGUAUGGUCCUCAACCCACCGGUGCCCCAGGAUACCCUCUCGACCCCCGCAAUGUCCUGAGAAGGUCUGUAAUUGCGUGCAAUCGUUGUCGCAGCAGGAAGACGAAAUGCGCUGGUCGCCAUCCCUACCCAUGCGUGGCGUGCCAGGCCGCUGGUAGUCAAUGUGUCUACUCAGAAUCUGAGAAGAGAGUGACAGUUCCCGAAAGCUACAUCCUCGAUCUGCAAGCUCAAGUUCGACGAAGGAGGAGCGGACGCCCUGUUCAGGAUGAUGCUCCAGAACCAUCGGAUACCUCCCUGGCAGAUGUCCAAUGGGGGAACACAAGAGCGGAGAACUGGGUGGUCGGGCAGUCGGGACAAUAUCAUUACAUGGGAAAUUCUUCUUCAGCAUAUAUCGCGAAUAGACUCAAUCCUACAACAGAAACUGUCGCAUGGCACCUAUACCCUCAUUAUGAAGACACGAGCUGGCUCAGAAGACCACUUGAUGUUGGUGCUGAUGAGAUGCCCCCGCUUCCGCCGUAUGAACUCGCGAAGAGGUUAUAUCGCGCUCAGCACGGGUACAUCGGUACCAUCUUCUCCUUUCUGCGAGAGGACGACUUCUUCCAACGCUUGAGCCGCGUCUAUGCAAGACCAAGGCCAAACCCAGCGGAUAAGGAGGAAUGCCUAGUAUACUGCCAGAUAUUACUCGUGUUGGCAUUCGGGCAGAUGUAUUCGAUCAACCAAUGGGUCGGGGAUGAUGGCCCUCCUGGGUUCACGUUUUUCAAACAUGCCUUGAAAUUCCUGCCAAACAUGCACGAGGAUGGGUCUAUUUUGUUCGUUGAAGUCCUCAGUUACGUCGCCUACUACGUGCAAACGCUGAACAGGAGAGACGCUGCGUACCUAUAUAUUGGGAUUGCGCUACGCAUGUCGCUAUCCUUAGGCCUGCAUCAGGAAGUCUCCGACCAGGAGAUUGACCGUCCUGCAAGGGAGCACCGGAGGCGGGUUUGGUGGUCAGUGUACAGCAUAGAGAGAAUACUCUCCGUGACCUCUGGCCACCCAGUCUCUAUUCAAGAUGAAGAUGUCGACUUACAACCCCCUAGUCCAAUUGGUAGCGAAAGCCCUCGGAUUUCUUGCGUGCUCAAUAGCUAUAGUCAGCUGUCGAGGAUACAGGGCAUCAUAGGCGAGCAGAUAUAUCGGAAGAAGCGAAGCUCAGGGACCAGCUUGUCCGCAUCUGUCCUCGACAUUAUGAAGAGUCUCUCGGACUGGUAUAGAAAACUACCGGAGGAUGUUCGUCUCGACAUAUCUGAUAUGAACGCGACUCUCAGCAGAGAGUCGGUUUCACUAUCUCUUCACUACUACCACUGCAUCAAUAUGACUGCACGGCCGCUAUUACUCUACGCGGUCCAGAAACAAAUGGCAGUCAAUGCACAAAGACACGCAGGGGCACGAUGGGAAGAUGGACUUUCGCCAGAAAUAGUGGGUGUGAUUGACAGUGCAAUAUCUGCAGCCCGCUCGAGUGCCAUGAUAUUCCACACAGCUGCUAAAUUUAAUCUCGUAGCGACCUAUGGCUUUAUCGACGGGGAGCAAGCAUUUUCUGCGGCUCUUCUUUUAGUGAUGGUAAACAUUGCGUUUCCCUACAACGAGCCAGAUGCUAAAUCAAUGGAGACGGCGCUUCUGGUCCUCCAGGGCAUGGCGGAGAGGGGAAAUAAGUAUAUCCAAGCCUGCCAUUCGCUCCUCUCCAAGAUAAAUACGAUAGGAAGGCCCAGUAACCCCCUAUCUGGCAGUAUUGGGAACUCACAGGGAGGAAGCGAUACCACCCAAGACGAAGGAGUACAGUGUCGUCCGCAAACCGCCACUCUGGAAGCGCUAAAUGGAGAUGAAAGGCUCUCGCAGGCAGUGACAAUCACGGAAAACUGGACUGGAAGAUCUCAAGCGAAUAUCGAGCAGGAAGGCGAGCCCGUUAUGAUGGACUCGAGCGAGGAUCCGAGGUUAUGGGCCGGAGUUUUGGACUCCAUUGCGAUUGACAUGGAUAGACACUGGGUCGAGGCUGCGCUCUUAGGUGAAAACGGCGUGGUAGAAGAUCAAAGACACUGA